AAUUUUCAGGCGUUGGCGAAAUUGUACAGUAUUUUGUAAAACUAUAACAUGUAAUAAUAUGUGCAUUUUAAAGCAACUAUUAGCCCAAGCUGUCGAAUGAGACAUAUAAACCAACUACUGUAGUUAGCAUUUUUUGUUUAUGAUAAUACUUUUAUAACUGCUGGCCCGGACGCCAGUGUCUGUCGCAGGACAAUUAAAUCAUGACCCAGCUACUGGGCGACGGUUGUGCGUGAUGGACAGUAGCAUCGCCUAUAAAACGAGAAGAAGGACACGAUCAGAGGAGAAGACAGCGAAAUCCCGUAUUGACCGUCGGAGAACCAGGAUUGGCUUUCUGUCUCACUUGCAAGACAGUGAUGAUGAUUCAGAUUUGGGUUUCAGCAGCAAAGCUUCAGAUACCGAGUCCCAGUUUGGCGAGAAUGAUGCUGCUAGCUCUUCCAGCAGCAGGGCAGAAGAGGGGAACCCAGUUCAGGAAAACCCUGUUGGAGACGACUGUGACAAGGAAUGUGUAGCACCCAAGAACCGGCGCAAAAGGACCUCCUCAAACGUGUUUCUUGAGAGUGACAGUGAAUCGAACAGUGGCACUGGGGGAGCCCCAGUCAGGAAGUGCAAAGCUAAAAAGCGUUAUACUUCCUUUAGAGAAGAUUCUGAGGCAUCUGACGAAAAUACAGAGUGGGAUAAAUCUUCUGCCAUUUUUAAUGAAAAGAAGGAGAAAGAGGACAGUAACAGGGUAAAAGAGAGACAAAUUAAGCUGAAACAGCUUUCGCAGAAGAUAAGGGCCAGAAGAGGAAGCUACAGUAAUGUAACAUUGGAGGACUCUGACGAUGAAUCAUUUCAAGGUUACCCAGCCACACUGUCAGAAAGCAACAGUGAUGAGGAGAAUGGCAGCAUGAAAGAUUUUAUUGAUGAUGAUGAUGAUGAUGAUGAAGAGGAGAAUGACGGUGCUGAGUUUGGAAUACAAGACGAGGCACCAGCAGAAAAAUCAUUUGUGAUAAACCACAUUCCACUUUUUUCAUCAUGUAGUCAUUACUCCCAUUUCCAGACUGUCGUCAAAGCUCUCCUCAUCAAUGCACUCGACAACACCUUUUUAAAGUCUCUCUAUGAUGGCACCCGAAGAAAAAAGUAUGCACAGGAAAUGAGGACUUCACUUCAUUUCUAUGAUGAACGCUUUGUUCUACCCCGUCUCGAGAAUUUAAAACAAAGGAGUCGAUGGAAGGAACGAUACAAGGAGCGUGUGGAGUGCUACCCAAGCAUGAAGGUCGUUUCAAUUGGAGUACGACGUGGACCAUGUCAGGCCUGUGAGAUGCACAGGCACAGCAAGUACAUGGUCAUCCUGUCGGGACAGCAGUAUGACACCAAAACUCUGGAGGACGACAGCUUCAUGCCACACGACAAACAAGGUUUGAACGUUGGCAGUGUUUGCGUUGAGCGGACUCAGGUCUAUCAUCGGCUGAGGCAUUUCAAAUACCACCUGUUCAAGCUGUGCUGCUCUGUGCUGGAGCAAGAAGAAGAACAUGAGGACGAACCUGUGAAGGAUGUGGUUUUGAAGGUGUACUCUCUAUUGGACGGUCAAGGCUGGAUUAAAAAGCAGUAUGAUCAGUUUGAAGAUUGCCUAAAUGAUGCAGAUUACUUCCAGGAGGAGAAGUUGGACUAAAUGCUGUUAACAUGUAGCGGCUUGCCUUUUGCAUGCUGUAAAACAGGUCUUGUCAAGACGGAUUUCGCACUGUUGACGGCAAUGUGUACAUAAUAUUUGUUUUUCUAUACUACAUAUAGAAUUUAAGAAUUGUUUUUACUUUGUCUUCAUCUAUUUUCUGAUCUUUACAAAUGUGUAGUUUCAUGCUGUUCCUAUCCUGUACUUAAAUCAAACAUUCUUAUGGUGUAACUUUAUUUUUACUUUGCCUUUAUCGACUUUUUUUUGAGACACCAGCAUACUGUAAACAAAGUUUCUGUCUUUAAAACAUUGAAUAGUGCUGAAUUUAGAAACACGAGCAGAAAGAACCCUAUUUAAAUAUUUAACCCCAGCAGAAAUUAUUUUUUUAUGCAUCUCUUUUUAAUUGUGACAUGACAGCCCCAGAUCCAAUUGUGAUAACACCUGAUUACAGACCUUGCUUAGAAGUUAAGAAUUUGCACAUUGACGAAAAAAUUCAUAAUGUCAGCAAAACUGUAAUUUGAUUGUAAAACUUGGAAGAAAUGCAGUUUUUAUUUUUUCAACAAACCAUUAAAAAAAAUUGAAUUCA